CACAGCGAAGCAAUUUGGGAUUUUAAGAACAUUGCUAAAGAUGAACAAGGAUACAGCGCUCCAUAUGGAUGCAACUUCGUCACUUACAACUACACUACAUCAGCCAUACACUGGAAGCCGCCAACUUUAUUAUGCAAUCGUCGUGACCUUGCCUGACGUCAAGGAUAUUAGCUGCAUACCAAUAGCAGAAUUUGUGUCAAAUAGACACACGGUCGAUGAGAUUGCCAGCUUCCUUCAUUUCUACUUCAAAAAAUAUGCUGAGUACACUGGCACACAAAAGAUUCAUUUCGGCAUCAGAAGAGCGGAAACCGAUGCCAGUUUAGCGUUAAUUUCGGGGAUUCUAUCCGCACUUGAAAUUGGACCAUUAAAUGUGUACUUGAGAGAUUGCUGGGAAAAUUUAACAACGUCACGUGCUAUGAUAUUUGUGCACUACAUUUGCCGAAGACAUGCAAUACAAUUUUUAAAAGCAAAAGUGAUAGAGCACUACGGUAGGACAUCGGAAGGCAGCAAAUUCUUUAUAAAAUGGCUGCAUGCAUUUGUAAUUUGCUCGGAUUUGUGGAGCAUGUCCGCAAAAAUGGUGUCAGCUUUGAUAGUAUGCGGGACACGUGCAAACGUCGCGUUGGUACAAUCUACAAUAAACAGCGUUAGUAACCCAACAUCCCGAACCGGUUUGGAACCAUGGAAAAUUCUAAAGUUAGAAAAUGUUCCGAAAACCCCACCGUUCUACCUUAUGUCCCCCUUCGGUUACUUUGCCGUACUAUUAGGACAUACAAAUAACGUCGAUAUCCCAAAGUACGUGCUAGACAAAAUCCCCGAGAUCGACAGUGACAACUCGUCAUUAAACGAAGAAGAAACCAGUCCAACUAAUCCCCAUUAUAACCAAAAAUUCCUCAUGUAUUUGCUACGGGAUGUUUUUCCACUCGCCCCAAUGAUGACGCACAUGCUUUUAUACUUGAACAACUUGCCAAUUGUUCAAGACACCAAUGCUUAUAGCGAAAGCUGGUUUAAUAAAAUGAAGUCACGAUUUUGAUGGA